AGCCGCUCCAAUCCCGAUAGAAAACAGGGGAGCUCGAUUCUCGAAACUCGAGCUCCAAUUCCGAUGGAUUCGAGGGUCGCAGAGAUGAGGGUAGGAAUGCCGCUAGGCCCAACUGGUUGAUUUGAGAGGAUUUGGAUGGAAUCCCAGCGUUUGGGCCAAAACAAGAAGCUGGCAAGAACAGCACCUCAAAUUGAUCGAGGCUAGCUAGAUUCAGAAAAAUGCGGCAUGGUGGUUGAUGCGUGCCAGUGGAAUCAUUAAUUCCCAUCCAGAAGGUUAGAUAGAUUUAGAUCCAGCAGUGGAUCGGGUGGAAAGAAAAUGGGAUCCUCUUUGGGUGCUCUUGGGAUCGGGCUGAGUGUAGUUUUCGUGGGAUUCGUGCUCGUUUUGGUCGGCGAGCUCUACUAUCUGGUUUGCUGGAAGAAGAGGAAGAAUGUAGCUCACAGGAUCAUGGAUAGGAGCAGCAAUCAGCAGCAGGAAACAUCGCUUCUCGAGGCACACAGCCAAGAACAGCGGGAUCAUCCACAAGAGCUGAAUGAGCUCGAUCGCCCUGACGAGGAACUGGAGCUGCGAGAGGUGAGCGUGAUCGCCAAUCGCCACCAAUCCUUCCCGGGCGAGCUCGCGUCCACCAAGCUCUUCCCCGCCGUCGGCGACUACCUCAUGGGUCCUCCUCGCUUCCUCUUCACAAUCCGCGAGGAGACCAAGGAGGAGAUCGAAUCCGAGACGGUGACGAUGCGAUCCAGCCGCAAUGCAUCCUUGGAUUUCGCCCUCAUCCAGGGAUUGGAGCAGCAGCAGCCACCGGGGACGCCAUCGCCCAUCGCCACACCCUUCGUGACACCGCCCUCGUCGCCAUCGCUCUUCUCCACGCCGCCCGCCACGCCAUCGCCGACGCCAUCGCCGGGCAUCAAAGCCCUAGCGCGAGAACCGCCAAUGCACUGCACGAUCUUCAUCCCCUCGCCCCAGGGCAACAAGCUGAGCCGCCGGCUGCACGCCACGUCACCUGCCACGUCGGCGUCGCGGACGACCAUGAUGAUGCUGCUGCUCAACACUUCGCCACCCGGUACGCCGCCGGCGACACCGCCCGGCUCCGCGGUGUACCGCACGCCACCCACACACCUGUACUCCCCGCGAUUCUUCUAGCGUCCACCUUUGCCCUAAUUAGGGUAGUGUACAGCUGGCUUUAUCCCGAUAACGUGAUCCACGUGUUCUAGGAAUUCUAUCCCUUCCAGUGGCUGCUCUAUUGAUCGCGCAGCUAUGGCGAUGUGCGUGUGGCGGCCUCUUAGGUUAGAAUAUUGCGCCUCCUCCUCCUCCUCCUCCUCCUCGUUCAAGCUCCAGCGCCUGGAUCCGGCUGGCUGUGCCGAUGGAUCGCAGCAGCUCAGGGCAGUGCCGCGGAAGAAAUGUAGGUUAUCGAUGCAAUGCCGAGCGCAAUGCGGUCCUGGCGAGGGAGAUGGCGAUGGAUUGUUGAUGAAAGCUUUCCAAAAGUAUGCCGUGUGUGUGGCACUGGCUGCUACGUUUGCGCUGCCCUUGAGGCCUCAGGAGGUCCAUGCCUUUGUGAGAGGUCCUGCCGUGUCGGAUGUGGCCGCUCUCAUAUCGGGUCCUCCGAUCAAGGAUCCUUCGGCGCUUUUGAGGUAUGGACUGCCGAUCGAUAACAAGCCGAUCAGGGAGGUCCAAAGAUCUCUCGAGGACAUAACCGAGAACUUGAAAGUUCCUGGGCCGAGAGCUCUUGACAGCGUUGGAAAGAAUGUCAGGCAAGCUGCUCGCGUCUUGAGCCAGAGCAAAGAGAAAAUUCUUGCGGAUGUUGCCGAAGCGAAGAAGAGCCAUGCUGAGGGGCUACUAAGUUCUCUUGUCACGGGGCUCCAGGACUUUCAGACCGUGACAGACAAGGAGAGUGUGGCACCAAAGCAAACGGAACUUCUCAACAUUGUCGGAAAUGUAGAGGAGGACAUGGUGGCACAGUUUCCGUUUGAGGUCCCGGAGGAGUAUGCCAGCAGACCACUCCUGAAGGGAAGAGCUACAGUGGAGAUGAAAGUUAACGUGAAGGACAAUCCCAACGUACAAAGUGUGGUGUUCCGGAUAGUUGCCGAUGGAUACAACGCGCCGGUAACAGCGGGAAACUUCCUUGACUUGGUCGAGAGGCAUUUCUACGAUGGAAUGGAAAUCCAGCGAGCGGAUGGAUUUGUUGUCCAGACGGGAGAUCCUGCCGGACCAGCUGAAGGUUUUGUCGACCCAGGCACGGGAAAAGUAAGAACCAUUCCUUUGGAAAUUAUGGUCGACGGAGACAAGGCUCCAAUCUACGGAGCCACACUGGAGGAACUUGGGCGAUACAAAGCCAAAACAAAGCUGCCAUUCAACGCGUUUGGCACGCUAGCCAUGGCUCGCGACGAGUUUGAGAACGACUCGGCUUCCAGCCAGAUAUUUUGGCUAUUGAAAGAAAGCGAGCUCACUCCGAGCAAUGCCAACAUACUAGACGGCCGCUACUCGGUCUUCGGCUACGUUGUCCAAAACCAAGAAUAUCUUGCAGACCUCAAAGUCGGUGAUACAAUCGAAUCUAUGAGAGUGACUUCCGGCAUAGAGAACCUGGUGAAUCCAAGCUACAAAGCCUUGUAAACAUGUAAGCUUUUCUUCAUCGAUCUCAAGCCAGCAGCUUCUUCUUGUC